UUAGCUGCUCGGUGUCUUAUUGCUCAUAGUGUCCCGCUCCUGUCCGGUCCUGCCCAAGUGACACGCGCCUUAACCAACGCCUAAACUCUGACAUAGAGUCUAAAACUUGUGUGUAUAAUAGGCUAUUUACUUUUACGAUUACCUCACAUCAAAAGAGUACGCUUAUCUUUGAUAUUCAGAGCGAUAUUAAUGAUCUAAACUUGGGCAAGAGUGUAAGCUUGUUCAAGACACUGAGAAGCGGGAAAGAAUCCACAGGUGUUUGAAGAGCCGCGAGACUGAAGGAGCACCGCACGCACCAGACGCGAGCACAGACACGCGGCAUCAGGAGCAGAGCGCGACCCCCGACCCGUAAAAAAAAGCGUCACAGAGAAAAAAGAGAGGGAGAGAGAGGGAGGGAGAGAGUGUGCGAGAGACGCGGCCGUCCCAAUAAUGAUGUCCUACAUAAAGCAGCCCCAUUAUGCUGUGAACGGGUUAACGCUGUCCGCCUCAGGAAUGGACCUGCUCCACACCGCCGUCGGCUACCCAGCCACUCCAAGGAAGCAGCGUCGGGAGCGCACUACUUUUACACGGAACCAGCUGGACAUUUUGGAAGCCCUGUUCACCAAAACACGCUACCCAGACAUAUUCAUGAGAGAAGAGGUGGCUCUGAAAAUCAACCUUCCCGAGUCCAGAGUUCAGGUUUGGUUCAAGAACCGUCGUGCUAAAUGCCGCCAACAGCAACAGCAGAGCAGCGGUCAGCCCAAGCCCCGUCCCCCUAAAAAGAAGUCCUCUCCACUCCCUGAGCUGACCUCUGACCCUGGUGCCAGCUCCUCAGUGAUGGCUGCCCCCGCCCCAGCCAUGCCCCCUAGUGCCAGCACAGGCACAGCACCAGUUUCUGUGUGGAGUCCCACCUCUCUAUCCCCCCUUCCUGACCUGUUGUGUGGCUCCGGCACACCCUGCGUGCAGCGCCCCGCUCCCUAUCCUAUGAGCUAUGGUCAGCCCUCCACCUAUAGCCAGGGCUACAGCUCCUCUCCUUACUUCAGUGGAUUGGAUUGCAGCCCGUACCUUUCUCCCAUGACCAGUCAGCUAUCCGCAAGCGGGGGCGCCCUCUCUCCCCUCACUGUGCCCUCCAUGGGUGGCUCGCUCAGCCAGUCACCCUCCCUCUCCUCCCAAGGAUACAGCACCUCCUCGCUGGGUUUCAGUUCCAUAGACUGCCUGGACUACAAGGACCAGCAGGCCUGGAAGCUCAACUUCAGCACCGUUGACUGCCUCGACCAUAAAUUCCAGGUGCUGUAGAAGAGAAAAUGGGCAAGUGAAGAAAAAGAACAGGAGGGAAGGAGAAUGAGGAGAAGGCGGUUGAAGAGUAAAUGAAACAAAACUGUUGCUUGAAAUGCCGGAGACAUUUAGAUGAUGAACAGGUCUGAAUCAGCAGGAUUCAUGUGAUCUCAGAGGUGAAAAGGGGUGCCCAUUUUGGAACAGGUGAAGACUGUUCCUCUGUAAUCCAGACCUGCUCUGUGAUUGGCGGAGAGUGAAGGGACUCCUCAAGUAUACUGAUCAGUCAUCAUUAUUAACCAUUUACCUCACACACACAUGCAAACACUCACACACAGACAUACAUUAGAACAUAUUUCCCAACACUUUGAAGGAAAUAUCACUAAAACCCAGGCACAUACAUAUCACACAAAGACAAGCACAUACGAUAUAUGGAGCGAAACAUCUCAGUUUCUCUGCAUAUAUAAUUAGCUCUUUAUGGGACAAAGUUCUUUCUACUUUUUUCAUAAGUUUGGUUUGGUUUGUCUAUACUGGGAGGCAUUAGAAGUUUUUUGUGUUGUGCUUUUAGCUCGCUGUUAUUUAUGUAUUGUUAAAUUAUGUUAACUUAUAACAAAUAAUGUUGUUUUCUGUUAGUUUGAGUUAAUUGUUACUAAUUAAACUUAAUUUAAUGGCAUUGCAUGCAUGCUGUUGAUUUAUAUUUUCUAUUUGGGUGACCUUGUGUUGAAAAAAUGUUGGUGUUUACAAUUGUUGUUAUAUUGCUUUGAACAAAUACAUUCAGAUGGGAGCCACAUUAAAGGUUUUAUUUUCUU